AUGACGGUUAUAUGCCCUACACCUAGCACCGAUAAUGCUGAAAUACAGAAGGCCGCGAUUGUCAGCUACGAAUCUAUCAGUAAUGCCAAGUCGACAUCGCUAGCAGAAGCUAAGAACAUUGACGAUAUACUGGUCAUUACCCAAGCCGCUCUGAGCUCUUUGAUCGUAGAGACAACCCACGACUACUCGUCCAAUAUGGCGAAGCAGAGAUCAGUUUUAACGCUUGACGAAAUGGAAAAGAGGCUAGGGUAUAAGGUUGCCGUCCUUGAUAACCCCAAUGAAAAAAGGGAACGAUUUUAUUCAGACCUCACCCCAGUUCCAGAGAGUGUUUACGAGCAGACCAGAAAGGAACUCGAUGACUAUCACAAACGGGAACAAAUGCAGGAUCAUAGAGGUUUGCUAGAAACGAACGCCCUAGCAGCACAUUUCGUUAAAAAGAUUGAAUAUGGCGAGGAUGUGGUACAUAUCCAACGUAGGAGCUAUACUAGCUUGUACAGUUUUACUGUGGACAUUCGAUAUGGUUCUGAUUUUAGUUUACCCCUUGUGCUUACCGCAAAUGACGUCCUGAAGUUACUGGUUGCUACACGGCCGCAAUAUAACUGGCCGGAAAGUCAGGAAAGCCUAUUAUUUAAACUACCACAGGAACUCCGUGAUGCAAUUUAUGAGCUCACUCUUCCAGACGGAAAGUGGGAAAAGAGUGAUAUCAAUAACGAGUUCGAUAUCUCAACCUUUUUCACAGGAUUAGGCGACCCCGACGGCUUUUACUUUCCAUUAAACAAAGAGCUUGGUGUCCUAAUGGUUAAUAAACAAAUACGCCGCGAGGUGUUGCCAUUAGCCUUCCAGAAUACAUUAUUUUACUUCGACGAUAUGGACGACUUUAUUAGAUUCGGUGUUUCAAUCGGAUCAAUCGGACGCAGAAAUAUCACAUCUCUUGAAUUUUCCUGGGAAAGCAAAGCGGACUUGUGUCUAAGCCCGACGGUCUCAGAUGAGGACAGUUUAUUAUGCCGGCUGCCCUCUAUCCAUGUGUCGAGGUGUAUUAGCCUACUAAAACAGUUCAGAAAACUAAAACGACUACGGCUCUGGUUUGACAGCGAGGUAUUAAGCAACAUGUCUCUUGACGAUUUCAAGAUGGACCCUGGUAUUGACAAACUUUGUUCCCUCCAAGGACUGAAACACGUUGAUAUAUUGAGUUUUGGUGUUGAUCCCACAGCAUGCCCAAUAUCUGCGUGGCUCAAAGAAACUAUGGAGCAUUCUACAAGUAUAGGCAGGCAGAUAUCAUAG